UUUCUUCUUUACUUUAUCCCAUUUAUGCCCUUUGUCGCUUUUGACCUUCAAAGUACAUUAUGUACCUUUGAACAUGUGGUAAAACAACUACACGUCUUACUCACUACCAAAACACAUCUAAAACUCGAGACGUGUAUCUCUCGAAAGUUCUUUUAUUAUUGGUAUGACUGCUCUUUACGCGACUAUAUUGCCACUUCACAAGCUGGCAAGUACUGUCCCUUGCAAAAAGUAUUAAAGGCUGUACUACCGCGAGCUAUGAUAUGCUUUUUUGAUGAUGAAACACUUUUGCUGACAAAAGACGAUAUAGAAUCGAUUUUGAAAACAUUUGAACAACCAUAUCUAGACUCAGAAGCACUCCAAGCACUAGAUAGACUAUUAGAAGAAAGAGAGAAGGGACUAGAACAUCGUUGGGAGAUAUGGAUAUUAUCCAUAGGCGGAUUUGGUGAUACGAUGCACUUUUUAUCGAAAGCAGGCAUUAGCAAAUACGCAGAUGAUAAUAUCUUGUGUUGUGAUGAUAUGCGCGUAUCUAAACCCCAUCCUAAAGUGUAUUCUGAGAUGAUGCGGCUGGCUGUACAUAAAACAAAACGUAUAGAGAAUUUCUACAUGAUUGGCUCGUAUGCAUUUGAGCUUGCCAGUGCGAAAAACGUUUCUUUGAGAACUGUAUUCUUGAAUUCGAAAGAAAAAAUCUAUACAAGUCAAAUGUACGAUACAGGAGAACCUGAUAUUGUAGGCCAUAGUCUGGUAGAUUGUGUUGAGAAAAUGAUUGAAUUUGAAAAGAAACGAAAGCAUUUGUACUGAUGUUUAUAAAAUAAAUCUCUUUUCGAGACAAUCAUAGAUGUAUAUAUAAAAGUAGGUAUUUACCACACCGUUUUAUUCGAAUAGUAGUCAGUACACUGUAUUAGUUUUAUGCUGGUAGUUCUUCACUUGAUUUGAUAUCCACAACGAAAAAAAAAAAAA